AUGACGGCAGAUUUGGGACGAGUUAGAAGUAGAUACGCGGGCUUACAAACCUAUUUAAAAACGAUUUUAAGCGAAUUAAAUGAACACAUUUCAUCCGAAAACUGUGAAAGAGAAAAACUCCUGGGAUUUAAAAAUUCAGUGACCGCUAUUGUUGAACAAUGCGCCAGUGUUCAUAACGAAAUUCUUUCUUUACUUAAGCCGGAAGAAAUUGAAGCCGAAGUUGUUAACCAUAUGAAAAACCUAGAACCUGUUCAUAGAGUCUUAGCUUCGACUGAUUUGAAACUUGAACAAACAAAUCCUAAUACAGCAACUACUCUAGGUUAUGGUACAGAUGUAUUUACUAAUGUGGGUUAUAAGAUAAGUCAACCUAUACGUUGCAAAUUGCCAAACUAAUGAAAAUGCCUGAAUUUGAUGGGAACCCCCUGAAUUGGCAAGGAUUCUGGGAUCAAUUUAGGACUUCAGUGCAUAAUAAUACUGACAUUAGUGUGAUAGACAAAUUUAAUUAUCUUAAAGGAUGUUUAAGUGGAGAAGCUUUAGCAGCAGUAUCAGAUCUAGCAUUGAGUUCUAGUAAUUACCUAGAAGCUAUAGAAUUAUUGAGUAAGAGAUUUGGAAAUGAGAGUUUUUAACUAAUUUCAGCACACAUGGAGUCUUUGCUUAAAAUAGGUAAAGUUAGAUCUCGAGAGAAUAUAAAAGAGCUUAGAAUGUUGUAUAACCAUGUCGAAAAUUGUAUCAGAAAUUUGAAGGCAUUAAAGCUAGACACCUCGGGGUAUGGUUCCUUGUUGAUACCCAUACUCAAAGAUAGAUUGCCAGAUGACAUCAACAUGAUAAUUGCAAGAAAUUUUGGUAACAAUACUUGGACAUUAGAUAAAGUUUUAGAAUAUUUCAACGAUGAGCUAAGAGCACAGGAACAUUGUUCUACACAAUCUGGCACAAGAUCACAAUUCAAUGAGCAUGAUAAGUCUAGGAAAAUGGACUAUACUACAAGCGGUCUAUUGAGCCAAACCGGUAAAAGUUCUUGUGUGUACUGCAAUAAAGACGGGCAUUCUCACUCCAAAUGCACAAAUGUAUCUAGUCCAGAAUCACGCAAGUCAAUACUUCGCAAGAACAAUAGGUGUUUUGUUUGUCUUGAUCAAGGACAUAUUGCAAAAAAUUGCCCAUCUACUUAUGUUUGUAGAAGGUGUAAGGGAGGCAAACAUCAUAUUUCUAUUUGCACGUCUAAUUCCCAUAGAGCUUCAGGUGAUAACCAAAAUAAAUCAAAUCCUGAUAAAGCUGAUGACACAUCUGCAAGUAGGACAUGCUGGCUGUGA